CGGUUCAUCUCGGUACGACAUCCCAUCCGACCCAAACAAGAAAACAAGCAGACGAAAGCAGACGGGAACGACAACGUAAAGUUGUGUUCAAGAGUGACGCUGUUUGACAAGAUUGUAUUCUUCAUUAUGACGUCAAGUAAAUAAAGUUUGACGUUAUCUAUCUGAUUAAACAAUGAUACAAUGGAAAGUGAAACAUUAUUUCCAUCUGGACAUUCCACUUACACUGAAUCGUCUACUAAGUGCUGUGAAGUGCUGAUUCCCAAAUUGAGUUCAUACAACCAUCCAGGUGCAUGUAUACAUUGUCUAUUGUAUAUCUGCCAAUUCGUGCAUCUCUACCAAAAUGGCCAACCGUGAGUUGGUAAUAGCAUUUGUGUACGAUACACAAAAGUGCACCCAAGAGGCUGAUGAUCCACAAGAUGCAGUUUUGUUCUUCCAUCCUGGCUGGGUCAGUGAGCAGCAGCGACUUGCAUUAUGUGGUCAGCUCAUGGGAGCUACGUACUUUCUGCUCGCAUCCUUCAGCCCUCCUCGAAUACUCUCUCUGCAGAGUGGAAAGUUUGCCAUUCGAACAUUUGGGCGGUAUGUUGUGGCCAUUGGGACGGACCGUAACAUUCCUGAAUGGGUGCUUGAACAAAGAGCUGAUAUCAUGACCUCACUUCUGGAGCUGUAUUUUGGUGAUCUUGAAACUCUAGCCACUCAAUGUGAAACCAAAAAGGCUGCUGGUGACACAGGUCCAUCUUUUACCGAAAAACUGGGAAGAAUAUUUGAGACAUUUCUUCCUAUUGUACAAUAUUCCAGCCAAAUUUUAGGCAAUGUACCAACAAUGAGACUGCCAAAGAGUGCCAGCCAUGUCUUUUUGGAGGCGAUGCAGAUGCUACAUUGUUGUCAAGACCAACAUGGAGUUUUAGGAGGUGCUGUUCUCUACCAAAAUAAGAUAAUUGCUAGUCAGCUGAGUGCCAAAAUAACAAAACAGCUUGUUCUCUCUGAUCCUUACCGUAUAAAGUCACCUGGGACCAAUCUUGAUGUGUCUUUUCAACUACCUGCUGGUGCCCAACUCUUGCAAGUGUUUAUACCCCAGAGAGAAUUUCACUCUCUUGCCAGAGAUGCAGAACACAUUCAAAAUACUUUUGCCCAGGUGGACAAAGCUCCUAAGGUUGUUAGCCGCAGUUCCAAGGAAUUCAUUCCAUGUCUGAAAUCAGAUAAGACCAAAAUAUUCACAGUUGUUGAAGAAGAAGAUGGAGAAACUGAAAGUGAUGUUGUUUUCUCACAUACUCUUCCUCCUUCAACUUUAAGCAACUCAAAAGUUUUAUCUCCCACUAUUGAAGAAAACUUUGAGCCUUCAAGUGAUGCUACCUCUCGUCUAGUGUGUAGCACACCCUUACGAGAUUUCAAUAUCAAUAAAGUAUUACAUGCACAAGCUGUGUCCAUAUGUAGUCGAGUAGAUGCUACAGAGGUUCCCGUCAACAAAGUGCCAGUAGCAGAUGUUGCUGAUAAUGAUCUGAUCUGCAAUCCUGUAAAUACCAUUCCUGAUGUGGUGCGAGAUGCUGUUGCUGCACGCAGUAACAAGCGAAGUGCAAUCGAGAAAAUUCAUGUAGCGAUUCCGCCUAGCAAUAUAUUCCAAGCUGUGUAUGAUUUGCGCACUUACCUGAAGGAGCAAACUCAUGGCAAAUCUUUAAGUAUGAGUUUGCCCUCUAUAAACACAAACAAUGUUCCUAUGAGGUACUAUAGCUUUGGACUUCCAGUUCCGACCGAUGAGCAAUGCUCCCCACAAAGACCUCGACGUUGUUUUUACAACACAAUAACUGACCCUUGCUUCCCUGUGUUUCGCCAAGAUGGUCUUCCCUUGUCUCAAGCCCUGUUUGAUGAGCAGAUAGCAAAUCACUACCGUGCUUUAGAUAGCAAACCUGCUUUCAAAGUGAAGCCUCUACAAUCAAAGCCUGCGGUCACUGCAAGACUCCCGCCACGUGCCUCCAUUCCAUUACAGCCUGUUAAAUCAGUAUCUGAAAAAGAGGUUCCACCUACCAACAUUCAAGUUGAGCCGUCCAGCCAGCCAAAGAAACGUCCAGUGAGUCUUGCUCUAAAGACCAUCUCAAGCCCAGAGGGUGCACCCAGUGACGUCAAGAUGGAAGUUUCAAAGGAAAGUUUCAAACCUCCAGCACAACCAGUGAGACCAACUAGUUUAAAUGCCCCAUUGUCAAAUAGGCCUACUACUCUGUCAGGUUUAAAUGAUACAAAGGAGGUAUCUUCAAAUUCUAAUGAAAAUAAGGCUCAACUUGAGGAGAGGAAACGCAUAGCUCAACAAGCUUUGCCAUCAGUUGCUCGUCCAACCAGCCUAAGUGGCGGACUUGCAAUCACACCGCUUAUGGCAAAACUGAGUCAUUUAGCUCUAGAUCGGUAUGGGGUGAUGACACCAGCCACAGAUCCAACACCGAGUGAGCCGAAGGAUAUGACAUUUUCUAACAGAGUUGAAACACCAAUGGUCCCAUUUCCCAAACCAUUGCCACGUCUCAGUCAGUCUGACUUGGAGGAAUUUGCUGGUGAUGGCAACAGAGAGGCAGUGCUUCUUGUUUGUGGCAUGCAGAGCAUGUCUCUCUUACUCUUGCUGGAUCCAAAAUCAGUCAGCUCUGACUUGUUAAAAACAGUGUGGGAUGUGUCAUUCCCUAGCAUGGAACAUCUCGAGCAAACCAUGAAUCAUUCUCUAGACCACGUCCCAGCAGCUGGCAAUAGUGGUGCUGACUCGUACAGUUUUCUCUGCAUUGACCCUGCAUGGGAUACUGUGCAUAAAGGUGGGGUGUGGAGUGGCCCUGAACUCGAACUUGUAGGAAGCUUGCAUAGAGACUUUCAAGACCAACCCAACCUCACAGAAAUAUGUGUCAGGGUCCACGAAAGCCUAGUGUAUGGUUACCAAUGUGGUCAGGCAGAGGUCUUUUACCAGCAGCAGCAAGCCGGCCAAAGUGGCGUUGGUCUUCCCACCCCAGCAGACCUGAUGGGCACUGUGCCACUGAAGGCAAGGCGUAGACUAGAAAGAGAUCACGGUAUUGUGCUGCUAUAGACCAUAACCAUAACCUUCUAGUCAUUGUGCUUAUGCAUAACUUAAAAAGAAAGUGCUACUCAAGAGUUUGUUUCACUCUGACUCCUUUAUGAAAUUGAUUUGUCACAUAAUUUCAAGUUUGUUGCACUUAAGGCCUCCUACUUAGUCAGAAUUGCCUGACAUAAUCAUACUGAAAGCUAUUAAUAUUUGGGUGGAAGCCAACCAAUGAAAUUUCUUGGCAUUUGUGAUGUUAUUUUGCAUCCAUUCUAGUCUUUUGUUUUGAUUAUAGACAUGCAUUGAUGACCAAGCUGUUUACUUUUAUGAAUUUCUUCUAAAUUUAGAAGAUAAAUUUUUGAUGACUUGGGCUUUUGUGCUUUUUUCUGUAAAUGAUAAUGUACUGAAAUUGUGAUUAUGACAUAAUCAUACUGUAAAAAGAGUUAAGGGAAAAUGUAUGGAGGUACAAAGAUUUUAUUAAUGAACCAUUUUUUGUAAUUAUGGGAUCAGUGUUACUGGUAUGUAUUUUAGUUUGUGUAUUGUUAUUUUUUUAAGGUUUUGAGUUUUUAUUGUCCUUUUAUUGGAUUGUAUUUUUUAUAUUGACAUUCCCAGUUGACUGUUUGGAGGGGUUUUAAGAAACACAUUUUGGUUGUGCUUUUGUUUCAUGCAAUGAGAGAAAUAAUUCAACCCCAUGUGUCUUCAUUCGUAAUUGAUACAAUUAUUGCUUCUGUUUUCAAUGUGACCUCUAUUUAUUUUGUUGUCGUAUCUUUACAUUCCUAAAGAGCUUAUUUAUAUUAAUGUUCAUUUUAUUCAAACAUGUUAAGAAACUUGUAGUUUCCAUUUUUUUUAUGGAAGAAUUGAAGUCUUAAGCAAUUAUGUUAGACUAUAUAGUAGACAAGCUUUAGGUGCUUAAGAGUAGCUAAGCGCAGACUGCAUUAUGGUGCCAUUUGAUUUUGACCUUGUUAGUGUACAAGCAUAUUUCAGAAUAGGUGCCAAAGUAUUUGCCAUUUUAUUUUGGACUUCUUUAGGAUGUUUAAUUUAGGCAGCAGGGUACUUUAACUUGGUCAAUCAAUAUCAUAUUAAACACUCUGCUGAUUGUCUUUAUUUUUUGUUAUUGUUGUUUUUGUACUUUUGCAGAAAAAUAAUGAAUAGGAAAAAUGAAAUGUUCAUUUUAGAUUUCAUGUGAUGUUGCUAGCCAAAUUUAUAAUUUUCAUCCCGGUUUUGUAGACAAUCGCUCAAUGUUGUGAACCUGUGCAGUAAGUCUUUUGCUCGGACAUCAAAUUAAUUUGAUAGGUUGCUAACAAUGUCAGAUCUCACAUUUGCUGGAAGAAUGUUGUGUGUCAGUUUUAUUGUGUGCUGAAGUCAAAUUAUUCUACAUGUGAGAAUUUUAAGGUUCUGUAGUUUUUAGGUAGUGCUAGUUUUUGUAUUAGUAGUUAGUACAUGAGUUCAGCCAUAUCUGCUAUACCUAGACUAGUGUAGUUCCCUCUCUUUUCCCUUUCCAUCUUUCUAUUGUCUUUUCAUCCGUUCAUUUUUUCUCAUUGGUUUCUGCCUAUUGUCUGUGUCUUUAUAUAGGAACUCGCGAUUUUUGUGUGCUCCUGAUUUCAAAUGUGAUCAUCAGUGGCUUGGCUGUCCACAAUUGGAGUCUUAGUUGUGAUUUUUAAAAAGAAAUUUAAGUGCUCUGAUGGUUAUCUCAAGUGAUAUGAAGAUGCAGUGUAGACUGUCUUUUCUUUCUGUUACACUCCUAUAUGUUAUUUUUGAGUAAUGAGUCAUUCAUUCCUAACUUUUUUCUUUUUAUUAAAGCGGUAUUGUAUUGUUUGCA